CCCCAUGGGGUCCCCAAGAUGUCCCCACGGGGUCCCCACACCCCACAGGGACCCCACGAUGUCCCCACAGGGUCCCCGCACCCCUCAAUAGCCCCUCAGGGUCCCCGCGGGGGUCCCCACAGCCCCCAGGAUCCCCUCGAAGUUCCCAGGGUGUCCCCACGGGGACCCCAAGAUGUCCCCACGGGGUCCUUGCGCCCCUCAGUAGCCCCUCAGGGUCCCCCCAGGGUCCCCACAGCCCCCAGGAUCCCCCUCGAAGUUCCCAGGCUGUCCCCUCAGUGUCCCCACGGGGUCCCUGCACCCCUCAGUAGCCCCCCCACGGUGUCCCCACACCCCUCAGUGUCCCCGUGAGGUCCCCCCGUCCCCUCCACAGUGUCUCCACGGACCCCAGGAUCCCCUCAAAGUCCCCACAGUGUCCCCACAGCCCUCAGUGUCAGCUCUUAGUCCCCUCAGUGUCCCCGUGGUGUCCCCAUGUCCCCCCACGGCCCUCAGGGUCCCUCCCGGGGUCCCCACGGCCCUCAGGGUCCCCUCAAAGUCCCCAGAGUGUCCCCACACCCCUCAGUAGCCCCAUGGUGUCCCCAAGGCGUCCCCACACCCCUCAGGGUCCCCACGGUGUCCCCACGCCCCUUGGGGUCCCCUCAGUGUCCCCAUGGGGUCCCCCUGUCCCCCCCACAGUGUCCCCACAGCCCUUGGGGUCCCCACGGUCCCCAGGAUCCCCUCAAAGUCCCCAUGAUGUCCCCACAGUGUCUCCACAGCCCUCAGUGUCAGCUCUUAGUCCCCUCAGUGUCCCCGUGGUGUCCCCGUGUCCCCCCACAGUGUCCCCAGGCCCCUCAGUAGCCCCACAGGGUCCCCACAGUGUCCCCACAGUGUCCCCACACCCCUUGGGGUCCCCUCAGUGUCCCCGUGGGGUCCCCGUUGUCCCCAGGGUGUCCCCAUGGUCCUCAGGUCCUCCUCAGGGUCCCUGCCAUGUCCCCAUCAUGUCCCCACCACGUCCCCAUUCUCCUUGGGUCCCCCACGAUGUCCCCAUGGCCCUGAGGAUCCCCAGGGUGUCCCCACCAUGUCCCCAGGAUGUGCCCGUGGUCCUCGGUGUCCCCCCCAUGUCCCCAGGGUGUCCUCAGGUCCUCCUCAGAGUCCCCACCUUGUCCCCACAGUGUCCCCAUUGUCCUUGGGUCCCCCAUGGUGUCCCCAUGGCCCCGAGGAUCCCCAUGCUGUCCCCACCAUGUCCCCACGGUAUCCCCACGGUGUCCCCAUGGCCCUUGGUGUCCCCACCAUGUCCCCAGGGUGUCCCCAUGGCCCUGAGGAUCCCCAGUGUCCCCACCAUGUCCCCAAGGUGUCCCCAUGGUCCUCAGGUCUUCUUCAGGGUCCCCACAGUGUCCCCAUGGUGUCCCCAUGGCCUCAGUGUCCCUACCAUGUCCCCAGGGUGUCCCCACGACGUCCCCAUGGCCCUGAGGGUCCCCACAGUGUCCCCACCAUGUCCCCAGGGUGUCCCCAUGGUCCUCAGGUCUUCUUCAGGGUCCCCACCUUGUCCCCACGGUGUCCCCAUUGUCCUUGACUCCCUCUCGGGUCCCCCCACGGUGUCCCCACGGCCCUGAGGAUCCCCACCGUGUCCUCACCGGUGUCCCCAUGACCCUCGGUGUCCCCACCAUGUCCCCAGGGUGUCACCCAUGACUCUCGGUGUCCGUCCCCCCCCCCAUGUUCCCAGGGUGUCCCCAGGUCCUCCUCAGGCUCCCCACCGUGUCCCCAUUGUCCUUGGGUCCCUCUUGGCUCCCCCAUGGUGUCCCCACAGGGUGUGUGUGUGUGUGUGUGUGUGUCCCGUGACGUCACCCCCGCUGUCACCCUGCCCCCCCUCCUCCCCC